CCCUAGAUUUAGAAAUUCCAUUGUUAAAUUAUCAUACGCCAUUUAAAAGACCAGAACCAGAGCACUGCAAAAGGGUUUUACAGCUAAAAUGGCGGCCGAAAGGAAAACCCCAAUCAAGACCCGAAACCCAGAUCUAAUUCGCGGUGUGGGUAAGUACUCAAGGUCUAAAAUGUACCACAAGCGUGGCCUUUGGGCAAUCAAGGCCAAAAACGGCGGCGUUUUCCCCCGCCACGAACCCAAUCCCAAACCCACCACUGCCGUCGAGAAGCCUCCUAAGUUUUACCCCGCCGACGAUGUCAAGAAACCGCUUCUUAAUAAGCGCAAGACCAAACCCACCAAACUCAGGGCUAGCAUUACUCCAGGAACGGUAUUGAUUUUGUUGGCUGGGAGAUUUAUGGGAAAGAGAGUUGUUUUCUUGAAGCAACUCAGCUCUGGGCUCCUUUUGGUUACUGGACCAUUCAAGAUUAACGGUGUUCCUCUACGGCGUGUGAACCAAUCCUACGUCAUUGCCACUUCCACCAAGAUCGACAUCUCCGGGGUUAACCUAGACAAGUUCGAUGACAAGUACUUCGCCAAGGAAGUAGAAAACAAGAAGAAGAAAACCGAGGGAGAGUUUUUCGAAGCUGAGAAAGAGGACAAGAAGAAACUACCCGAAGAUAAGAAAGAAGAUCAGAAGGCCGUCGAUGCCUUUUUGAUAAAGUCGAUCGAUGGAGUCCCGGAAUUGAAAGCCUACCUUGCCGCUAGGUUUUCGCUCAAAUCCGGCAUGAAACCUCAUGAGCUUGUCUUCUAGAGAGGAAAAUUUUGCAUUUAGUUUAAGUGAUUUUACUUUGGUUUCUUAAGACUAUCAAUGGAUAUCAAUGGAUUUAUUUAAAAGAUGAUAUAAGGAAAAAAAAACCCUGAAUUUUGUGAUA